AUUCGUUUCGUUUCUGCUCACAACAAUGAGGAAAUAAAAACUUAUACGAUGCGGGAUGUGCUCAUUACAUUUGAAAUGUAAGUCCAACUCAUAUUUCAUCCAUUCAGUGCAUUCUAGGACCGCCCCUGCCUUAAGAUGAAGUAAGACGACGUCGGGGUGAUCGUUUAAAUCGUUAAACAUGAUCAAGUGGUCCUAGCAGGUAGAUUCCGAAAUCAUUGGGCUGGGAAUAUUUCUGUGACCUGACAACACUGGAUGUGUCUCUAAUGGCUGACUCGAUCCUGGAGAUCCUGGAGGAACUGUCAAAAGAAGAAUUUAAAAAGUUAACAUUUUAUUUGAAUGACCAGGUACUGAAAGGAUGUAGACCCAUUCCACGAAGUCAACUGGAAGACAAAGAUAGGACAGAUGUUGUCAGAUUGAUGAAGAGCUCCUAUGGUAACAGGAUGGUGGAGAUCACUCUGGAGAUCUUAAAGAAAAUUUCAAGAAAUGAUCUCAUUCUGAAAUUGGAGAGCGAUCCUGAAAAUGUUUGUUUUUCAGAAACGUGUGCUGAAAGAGUCCGGGAGAAGCUGAAGUCUAGGCUGAAGAACAGGUUUGAGUGUAUAUAUGAAGGGCUUGCCAAGCCUGGAAAACACACCCUGCUCAACAGUAUUUACACUGAGCUCUACAUCACAGAGGGGGACUGUGAGGGUGUUAAUGAGGAGCACGAGGUGUGGCAGCUAGAGACAGCAUCCAGGACACAUGCUACACAAGACACUGCAAUCAACUGCAAUGAAAUCUUUAAACCCUUAUCUGGACAAGAGAGACCCAUCAGAACUGUGCUGACCAAGGGCAUCGCUGGUAUUGGAAAAACGGUCUCCGUGCAGAAGUUCAUUCUUGACUGGGCGGAAGGAAAAGCUAAUCAGGAUGUUGAUUUCAUUUUUUUUCUUCCUUUUCGGGAGCUGAACUUGAUUAAUGAGGAGUACAGUCUCCUUGAGCUUCUGCAGGUCUUUCAUCCUGAAAUGAAUGGGUUUGAAAAUAUUGAGUUUGAUAAUUACAAGGUUUUGUUCAUCUUUGAUGGUCUGGAUGAAUGGCUUCAUUUCAGUGUCCGGAACCGUAAGAUACUGUCUGACGUAAGAAAAAAAUCUCCUGUAGAUGUGUUGCUGACUAACCUCCUUAAGAAGAUUCUCUUCCCCUCUGCUCUCCUCUGGAUCACCUCUCGACCUGCAGCAGCCAGUCGGAUCCUGCCUGAAUUAAUUCACCGGGUGACGGAGGUCAGAGGAUUCAAUGAUGCACAGAAAGAGGAGUACUUCAGGAAGAGAUUCAGAGAUCAGAAUCUUGUUGAAAGAAGUAUCUCUCACAUAAAGACAUCCAGGAGCCUUUACAUCAUGUGCCAUAUACCACUCUUCUGCUGGAUGUCUGCUACUGUUCUGGAGCGACUUUUGAGUGGACCUGACAGUGGAGAACUCCCUAAAUCACUGACUGAAAUGUACUCAUAUUUCCUCUACACCCAGGCUGAAUUCAUGCAGAAAAAAUAUCAGGAGAACCAUGAGACAGAUGCACAGAAAAUUCUGGAACCGGUUAAGGAGAUCUUUCUGAAACUGGGGCAGCUGGCUUUUCAACAUCUGGAAAAGGGAAAUUCAAUAUUUUAUGAAGAGGACCUGAUAAAGUGUGACAUUGAUGUCACAGAAGCAUCAGUGUACUCUGGGGUGUGCACAGAAAUCUUGAAAGAAGAGUCUGUGCUGCAUCAGAAGAAAGUCUACUGCUUUGUACAUCUGAGCCUCCAGGAGUACCUGGCUGCAUUGUAUGUGAUUCAUUCAUUUAUAGGAAAGAACUUCAGGGCUUUGAAGCCCUUCUUCGGUAAAAAGAGUUUACCCAAUGGACUGUCUCUCAGUGACUUCCACAAGAAAGCUAUUAAGAAGGCUCUGGAGAGUAAGAAUGGACACCUGGACCUUUUCCUUCGAUUCCUUCUGGGCCUCUCACUGGAUUCCAAUCAACGCCUUGUCCAAGGUAUAUUGACACAGACAGGAAGUAACCCAAAGUGCAUCCAGAAAACAGUUCAGCACAUCAAGGUCUUUAAAGAGAAAGAUCCCUCCCCAGAAAGAUGCAUCAACCUGUUCCACUGUCUGUCUGAACUCAGUGAUGAUUCCCUUGUGAAGGAUGUCCAAAAGUACUUGAGCUCAGGAAGUCCAUCUGGUGAAAAGAUCUCACCUGCUCACUGCUCUGUCCUGGCCUAUGUGCUCCUAGUAUCAGAGAAGGAGCUGGAUGAGUUUGACCUGAGAAAAUACAACACCUCAGAAGAGGGGCGACGUAGACUUGUCCCAGCUGUGAAGUGCUGCAGGAAUGCUGUGCUCAGUGGCUGUAAUCUGACAAUGAAAUCUCUUCAACCUGUGGACUGUGCCCUGCAGUCAGUCUCCUCACCCCUCAGAGAGCUGGACCUCAGCAACAACAACCUGGGAGAUUCAGGAGUGGAGCUGCUCUGCUCUGCACUGAAGAGUCCAAACUGUAAAUUACAGACUUUGAGGCUAAGGGAGUGUAAUCUCACAGAUGGCUGCUGUGAUUCUCUGGCCUCAGUCCUGCGUUCUUCUCACUCAGAGCUGAGAGAUCUGGAGCUCAGAGACAAUGAGCUGCAGGAUUCAGGAGUGAGAGCACUCUCUGCUGGACUGGAGGACCCACACUGUAAACUGCAGAGACUGGGGCUGUCAGGCUGUCAGGUGACCGAGAGAGGCUGUGCUUCUCUGGCUUUAGCUCUGCGUUCAAACCCCUCACAUUUGAGGGAGCUGGACUUGAGCUACAAUAACCCAGGGGAGUCGGGAGUGACAGCGCUCUCUGCUGGACUGGAGGACCCCAGCUGUAGACUGGAGGCACUGCUUGUAGACCAUAGAGGAGAGACCAGGCUCAAACCAGGACUGAGGAAAUAUGCUGUUCAGCUCACACUGGACCCCAACACUGCACACAGAAUGCUGUCUCUGUCAGAGGGGAACAUGAGGGUGAUAUGGGGGGAUGAGCAGCCAUGUCCUGAUCAUCCAGAGAGAUUUAGCACCUAUCAGCAGGUGCUGUGCAGAGAGGGGCUGUCUGAGCGCUGCUACUGGGAGGCGGAGUGGAGAGUGGAGAAAGGAGGGAAGUUGCCCUGGGUUGCCAUGGCCUUUAAAACGAUUGGCAGGAAAGGACGGGGUGGCGCCAGUUCGUUUGGACACAACGACAAGUCCUGGAGUCUGUACUGCUCUAAACAGAAAUGCUCUGCCAUACACAAAAACACAACCACUGACAUAACUGCCCCCCCAUCCCCGUUCCGCAGAGUAGGGGUGUAUCUGGACUGGCCAGCUGGCACUCUGUCCUUCUACAGCGUCUCCUCUGACACACGGACCUUCCUGCACACUUUCCACACCACCUUCACUGAGCCUCUUUAUCCUGGGUUUAAAGUGAAUAAGGGAAACUCUGUGACCCUGUGCAUGCUGGGAUAGACUCCUAAAGUCCUGGAGGAACUCCUGAGUCUUCAGCUCAGCGCUCAGGCAGGAUGGGAUGUGAUUCCCCUUGCUUCUCUGCAUGGGCCUGAAUUACUUGGUUGUUUUUGGCAGUCUUUUGUUUCCUGCUUGCUAUAGGAGUGUUUAAGCUUGGGAUUAGCUGUCGAACGUAAACCUGAUUUGCUCCUAAAAUGAUACAUUUGGAGCUCAGGAGACACUUUUUUCCCUUCUCAAGCGAACAGCCUGCCACUAGACACACUGCUUUGCAAAUCUGGCACAUUAUCUUACCAGCAAUGUUUUUUUAAUGGUUUUUACAUACAUUUUUACAUUGGGAGAAAGGUAUGGGCAGUGUCCCUGUGCAAGCUGGGAUUGACUCCCCCUGUGCCAAAGCAGAGAGGGUCACAGGUAGAUGAGGGACCACAGCUCUGUACUUUCAUGGUUGCAUUUGUAAUUAUUAAACAUUUCAUAUAUGGAUGUAACCUAUGUAAUUAAAUCUGACACAACGCCUCUGAUGUUUACUGUAAAUCAAUAAAAUGGGGUUAACACCUGCAUCUC